AUGAAUUUUCUUGGCUUCAAUCUGCGGUUGACAUGCAUGCUCUUUCUCUUAGUUUGUACAUCCAACAGCAGGAUGAUACAUGAUGUGGAUCAAAAGGGUGUAAUUGCAAAGAUAAUAAUAAUUGUGGAUCAAAGUGGCAAAGGAAAUUUCACUAGUGUGCAAAAAGCUAUCGACUCUAUUCCACCAAAUAAUAAUUUAUGGACUCAUAUCUACAUCAAAACUGCUAUUUACAAUGAAAAAGUUGUGAUCCCCAAAGACAAGCCUUUCAUAAUUCUUCAAGGAGAAUCCGCUAGAAGAACCAUUAUUCAAUGGCAAGAAGCUGGCAGUUCUACCGAAAGCUCUACUUUCAUUUUACAUGCAGACAAUUUUAUAGCCAAAGACUUACUCAUCAGGAACACAUAUAAUCUUGUUCUACCACGAAGUUCAAACGGAAACCGGAUUUUAUGGGCACCGGCAGCUACACUAUAUUCAGACAAGGCAAGCUUUUAUCGUUGUGGAUUUGUCGGAGUUCAAGACACUUUAACGGACUUGCAAGGACGUCAUUAUUUUAAUAAUUGCUAUAUUGAAGGUGCAAUCGAUUUCAUUUGGGGAGCAGGCCAAUCAGUAUAUGGGAAAUGUGUGAUAAACGCGACGACCGGAAUUCUACAAGGACCAGCCGGUCAUAUUACAGCUCAGGGUCGAAGAAAUGAAAAUGAUUCAAGUGGGUAUAUAUUUUUGGGCGCUACUAUAUAUGCCACCGGUCCAUUUUAUUUAGGCAGAGCUUAUACUCAAUUUUCAAGAGUUAUUUUUAAAAGGACUUACAUUCCUCAGGCUAUAGUUCCUGAGGGUUGGCAACCUUGGAAUUCUGCUGGCCAUGAGAAUACAAUUAUUUUUUCGGAAGUGUCUUGCAGCGGACCGGGAUCGAAUACACAUGAAAGAGUAAAAUGGGAGAAAAAUUUGGCGUUGAAUGAACUGAAUAAAUUAAUUAUUAACCGGGAUGACUUUUUUUAUAAGGUGUCUAAAUCUAUCAUAAUUGGAGUGAUAUUCUCACUUCCGUACACAAUUACAAUUCACUUCAAAUCGAAUUGUUCAGAUGGCCUUACUCACAGAAAUAUGUGUGGCGUCAGUAAGCGCCAUCCUGGCCCAUUUUCGAACCAGCACAUCCGAAAAAUCUCCCGUAUAGCCCGUGAAAUAGAUCUAGAGUCUAGCAGAAUUUGCAUGCGAGUUUAA